AUGAGUGUCCACUCGCUUGAUUACGCCCAGCCUGGCGUGCGACUCGAGCCACUUCAAAAUUUCGACCUCGAAGCCGGUCGGCACUCGCCCACCUCCCCCAAUCCACAGGAGCCCUCAGCAAGAAAAGACGGGUCAUUCAUAGACGCGACCACCACGGCUGCAGCACGAGUCAACUCUACCGACACGACCAAACGUCGCAUGCGACGACGCUCUAACACAGCACGCUCCUACCACCCAGAUGGUUUUAAUCAAGACUCGACUUGGCAGCCCGGAACCGAACCUGGUAUCGAUCCAACCAAAACCCUUCAUCCUUCCAGCGCGGAAUGGGCGUCGAACGUGCCGAGCGAUUUACAUCGGGAGUGUGAGAUCACAGUGGUGGACUUCUCGCAGCAUGAAAUGAGGCAGUAUGAGCUGAAUAACUCGACACUCGCACAAUUUCUGGAGCGAGAGAAGGAGCCAUGGGUACAGUGUCGAUGGAUCAAUGUGAAUGGUCUAAGCUGGGACGUGAUCAAGAUUCUUGGAAACCACAAGAAACUGCAUCGGCUCGCGAUCGAGGACGUGGUUCACAUGACGAACAGAACAAAGGCCGAUUGGUACUCUGACCAUGUAUUUGUUGUGUUGGCCUUGCAGAAACUGGUCAAGCUGCAAGAUGAGAAGAGUGACGGCGACUCCGACGACGACAUCCUGGAAGGCAAACUAGGAGAAAGGAGUGGGUCUGUGAUAAGUGACAAGAGUUCAGUGUCUAUUAAACGGCCCACCAAGCGAAAUCUCAUUCUCGAUGCCCUCAAGGACCUCUUCCGGUCCAAACGUUCAAACGAAAACUGCGAACAAAAAAUGCCGGUCGGAGCUAGUGUUCGCCCUGGUCCACGUAGGGCCUCUUCGAAGCAUACGUCCCACUUUGGGGAUUUGUCUGCUAAGCAAGGACGCACUGCCAGGACAUUACAGCGAUAUCGCGGUGGUCCGAACGAAGGUCGAAUUGAAUUUAUGGAACGGCACGCUGUGCUAGCGGCUAAAAAUCUAUGCGUUACACUGGAGCAAGUAUCAAUCUUCUUGCAAGCCGAUAACACUGUGACGUCCUUCUUCGAAAGCAGCGCCGAUGAUAUAGAAGCUCCUAUUGUGCGGCGCCUGAGUUCCCCCGAAACUAUUCUGCGACAAUCAUGCGAUGCAAGUAUGCUCAUGCAGGCUAUCCUUGAUGCCAUCAUUGAUCUCGCACUCCCGGUAACCAUGGCCUACCAAGACGCCAUUGGUGAUCUGGAGCUUGAAGUCUUAACUGAUCCAGACAUCGAUCAAUCUAAAAGCUUGUAUAUUCUUACAUCCGAAAUUGCGGUACUGCGAAACUCUAUGCAGCCCAUUGUCACCGUGAUUAAUGCGCUUCGUGACCAUCGUUCUCAACCCGUUGGUACACCUGGAUUAGGUAUCAAGCGCAGUAACCAUACCAGCCAAAGUGCUGCGACAGGAGAUCCAUAUUACGACCACGAUGAUGACCCACCACGGAUUGAAGUUGCGACGCCGAAUUUGAAGAGUACUUCCGGAUCAACUGUGACGAUAAGUAAUAUGUGCCAUACCUACCUGGGUGAUGUCCUAGAUCAUUGCAUUACUAUCGUGGAAGGCUAUGAUCAAAUGCGACGUGCUGCGGAUAAUAUGAUUGAUCUGAUUUUCAAUACUAUUGGUGCCUACCAGAAUGAGAGCAUGAAGCAACUGACACUUGUCACUUGCUUGUAUCUUCCCAUGACCUUCUUGACGGGUUACUUUGGAAUGAAUUUCAAGGAUUUUGAAGGCAUUAAGAAUAGCGAUUCAUACUUUUGGAAGAUUGCUAUCCCAUUCAUUUUCGUUACAACUUGCUUCCUAAUGCGCGACAAGAUCCAGCGUACCGCUAUCAUGCUUGCCCAGAAGCGUCUCAUCACCAGCUCCAGGAAACAGCGACAGGGACGAAAGGAGAGGUAG